AAGUAGUCUUAUAAGCUAAUGAGAUGCGAGAGAUCAUGCCAGAGACGCCUUGGGAUGGAAACCAAAAGAGGAUAAUGAGUAAACGAAAUAUAAAGGGUUUGCUCGAGCGAUAGCGUGCUCGUUUUCUUAGAUCUCCUGGCGUUGGUUCGAUUUAUUGCACUUGCCCAUUCUCUGAGGUUAUGCCCAAAGCCACGGGCCUGUGUUUUGCUAAUUAGACUAUUAACAGAGUAAUCUGAUUUGACUCCAUGGCAUAGGCUUGGUGGUGUUCCAACCAAGUACAAAUAGAUGUAAACAUGGGAAUCUAGCUUUGCGACAAUCGAUUUCUGAAUCAUGAGAAUCUUUCAUUCUAUUUCAUGUAAGAAUCCACAAUGUCGAUGCUUAUGUCACUCAAAAAAAAAAAAAAAUCAUAUCAUUCCAUACAUUCUAGGCGCCGUACUUAGCUAUGGGUUAUGCUAUAAUCUAUGUGAGUCUAUACAUACAAUGCUUUUUUUCUCCGGCAAAUGAGAUUGUAAUGGAUGAACCCAUCACAUGGAGAUAUAAUUGGCAAGUGGCCUUCGUUUACAGCAUGUCAAUUUGACACCGUCAGUUCAAUGAUAGGAGUUAAACGCUAUAUAAAGUUAGCUCAAACAAAGAGGACCCCCGAUAGCACUAUCCAUUUUAGCAAAGUAGCAAACAGGAAAACAAGAACAACCGUCUCUUCUAUCUCGGAAAUCAAAUGUCACCCAAGGUUCCCCAACAGAAAUAACUGUCAUUUCCUAUGCUUCUUUCCAUUUCUGUCUCCUCUUUCCCUUCCUCACAUUCCAAAUAUCCACCCUCUCUGCCCGUAACCUAUUAAAACCAGAGAGCCAUAGGAGGAUCCGAGAUCCUGACGGAUGAAGAAGAGAGUCCCUAGAACUCCAUUGACUUUCAUCUGUUUCAUAGCUAAUUCCUGAAAGUCCUCGAUUCUGCGAUCAUUCCAUUAGUUUGUUUACUUUUAGGGGAACGAAAGUGUUGGGAGGGAAGAAAACAUGAGCAGAUACGAACUCUUCUCCAGCCCAACAGGGCGAGGAAAGCGCACGGCAUACGCUGUCGGUGGGGUCGGCAUAGUAUUUGUCGUGGCUGUGGUGAUCGGCGUGGCCAUCAGCGUCGGCAGCAGAAGCAGCGGGUCCAGCCAGUCCAGUGCUGGUACCGGCAGCGGGGCAUCGACCUCGAUGAAAUCAAUUCAAUCCAUAUGCGAACCCACCGACUACCGAGAAACCUGCGUGAAGAGCCUUUCCGCAGCGGGCGGGAACAGCACCGACCCCAAAGACCUCAUCCGGACGGGCUUCCAAGUAGCGAUCAACCAGGUCAAGGCAGCAAUCGAGAACUCCACCGUCGUGAAGGAUCUCGCAAAGGACCCGAGAUCCAAGCAGGCCCUUGAGACGUGCCAGCACCUCCUGGAGUACUCGAUCGACGACCUCCAGAGUUCCUUCGAGAGGCUGGGUGCGUUCGAUGUGAGCAAUCUCGACAAGUACAUGGCCGACCUGCACGUCUGGCUCAGCGGGGCCAUCACAUUCCAGGAGAGCUGCCUCGAUGGCUUCGAGAACACGACUGGUGCAGCUGCGAAGAAGAUGAAGCAAAUUCUGCAGGGCUCCAGGGAGCUCACCAGCAACGGCCUCGCCAUGGUCACCGAGAUCUCCUCGCUGCUGGGCUCACUCAACAUCCCCGACGUGAGCCGGCGCCUCCUGACCGAGGAGCAGGACGGCAUCCCCGAGUUCCCGUCGUGGGUCGACGAGGGGCGACGCAAACUCCUCGCUGCUGCACCUAAGGACAUCAAGCCCGACGUGGUUGUGGCCCAGGACGGAAGCGGCAAGUACAAGACCAUCCGUGAGGCUCUGAACGAGGUUCCUAAGAAGAACAACAAGACCUUCGUCAUAUACAUCAAGGAAGGAGUGUACAAAGAGAAAGUACUGGUAGACAAGAAGACGACCAAUGUCAUGAUUAUCGGCGACGGCCCGACGAAGACUGUGAUCACCGGGAGCUUGAACUAUGUCGAUGGAGUCCAAACCUGCAACACCGCAACAUUCACUGCCAUAGGAAGCUACUUCAUAGCCAAGGACAUCAAGUUUGAGAACUCGGCAGGCGCCGAGAAGCACCAGGCCGUGGCGCUACGCGUCCAGUCCGACAUGUCCGUAAUUUACAACUGCCACAUGGACGCCUUCCAGGACACCCUCUACGCGCACGCCCACCGCCAGUUCUACCGCGACUGCACCAUCUCCGGCACCAUCGACUUCAUCUUCGGCGACGCGCUCGCCGUCUUUCAGAACUGCCAAAUGUUCGUGAAGAAGCCCCUUGAGAACCAGCAGUGCAUUGUCACCGCGUCGGGACGCAGCGAGCGCCGCUCCGCCUCAGCCAUCGUCCUCCAGAACUGCACCAUCUCGGCGGACCCCGCCUACUACCCCCUGCGCAACAUCAACAAGGCGUACCUCGGCCGCCCGUGGAAGGACUACUCGAGGACGAUCAUCAUGCAGUCCCAGAUCGACGAUCUGAUCCAGCCGCAGGGGUGGUUGGCAUGGAUGGGCAACUUCGCGCUCAACACGUGCUUCUAUGCGGAGUACGGGAACAGAGGGGCCGGCUCGGCGACGACGGGGAGAGCGAAGUGGCGCGGGAUCAAGAGCAUGACUGCGCAGCACAUCGUCGACUUCACGCCGAAGGCCUUCUUCAAGGGCGAUGAUGCGUGGAUCACCGCCACCGGAGUGCCUUACAGUCCUAAGUUGAUGGCGGUUUGAACGGAGGCAAACCAAGAAGAGGAUUGUUAGGUGUUUUUAUAGGUCGUAGUUGUUCAUGAUUGUCUUUUUGGAGGGGAAGCUGACUCCUGCAUUUCAGCUAUGGGAGAAUGAUGGUCACGUGUUUUAUACAUGUCCAAGAUUCUGUCCCAAAAAUCUCAAUUAGAGACUGGUGUUUCACUUGUAGAGCUUAUUUUUGGACAAAUUAGUUGAAAGGGAAUCACCCAAAUUGAAUGGUGGUGCAAUUUUUAAGGGAUAUUGCUCUUUAGAAA